ACGAUGUUCAGUAUUGUUCGGUAUCAGUUUCUCGACAGAACAACACAGACCAAGAUGUUCAAAUUGGUGGUGUUUUCAGCUCUUUUCGCCGCGGCGGUGGCUUCGCCAGGCUUAAUUGCCGGCGUACCUUUCGCUUACACCUCUACAGUUAUAUCGCCAGCGACAACAACCAUCUCAAGACAGGCCAGCAGUGUCAUCCACCCAUCUCCUCUCUACUCUUCAGGUUAUACCUACUCGGCUAUCCCCGCGUAUGCUCAUCUUAUCAAGAAACGGUCAGCACCAUUGGCUUUGAGCACAUACAUUGCGCCAUCGGCUUAUGUGGCUCGGGCUCCGUUGGUGUCAGCUUAUGCAGCGCCUAUCGCCACGACUUACUCUUCUUACGCUACACCUUUGAUCCACACCUCGCCAAUCUAUACUGCCGCGCAUUUGAUUAAGAAACGGUCCGCGCCUCUGGCUGUGAGCUCAAUCAUUGCGCCAUCAACAUAUGUGGCUCGCGCUCCAUUCGUGACAACUUACACUGCUGCUGCUCCUCUAACGACGACAUAUGCUGCUGCACCUAUCGCAACAUCUUACGCUACUCCUCUCAUCCAUACGUCACCGAUUUACGCUUCAGCGCAUUUAAUCAAGAAGCGGUCCGUGCCUUUGGCUGUGACUUCUUACAUUGCCCCAACAACUUACGUGGCUCGUCAACCUUUCGUGACCACCUACGCCGCAGCUGCUCCGUUGACGACAUCUUACGCGUUCCCAACUUCAGUGGUUUCUCAUGCUCCCAUCGCCACCGUCUCUCACUUCAUAAAAAAGUAAUCUACUGCAACCGCUAUUUUCCAUCCUCCCUCCACAACUCCAAUUCAACGCUGAUCUAAUUGUUAUCCUCAGUUCAAUUUCUAAAUUCCGUAUCGAAACAGGAGAUCUUGAAAUGUACAUAUACGAUUUGUAAAUAAAACAAAGAGAACAAAAUAC